AUGGCUAUUCAUAAAACUAACUCAGGUUCUGACGCCGCCUCCGGCUCACAGAGGCGUGGAGCUGGUCUCCACAGUGGCGCUGCAGGAAACCAAGCCCCCACGUUAAAUUUGAUAAAGAGCACCCAGCGUCGUGCACAGCUCGAGGAUAAUGAUCGCUUCGUCCUAUACAACACGGGAUGCAUGAGCAUACCCGCUAUCUGGGCAGAAUUAAAAGCGAUACUGAACCCUGAGAUGUACAAGGGAAUUAUCUCCCUCAAAAAAAUCAGCUCAAAGCACUCCGCUUGGCACAUUGAAAUGAUGGUCAAAAAGGAGGUCGGCUCGGGAUUAAAAAGGACUAUAAGUUCUAUGACCCGAGAGCGCACACCAAAGUUUGUUAAAGCCACCAAGGGCGACUUGGACCCGAGCGUCAAAUGGCGCUCAAGGGCGGUCAGUCUGUGGCGUAUUGACCUUUGGAGGAGCUGGCGAGACCGUAAGGUCAACUCGAAUGGGAAAAAACAGACCUCUCCUGCUGUUAACUCGCGUACCGCUCGUAUUAUGACCCUGAACCUCAAUGGGUUCAAGUCAAAGGCGAUAGAGCUGGAGCAGCUAUUAUGUAAGGAAAAGAUUAAAGUCUGUGCCAUUCAGGAAACUCUGGUCACUGAUAGAGCGCAUCAGCUUAGGGUGCCCGGUUACACCACCUAUGCUCAAAAUUGGACUACGGGCUUUAGAGGCCAAGCGGUGCUAGUGCACCAAAGCCUAUCCUCAUAUCUCGUCGAACAAAAAGAAGGGCAUUACAUCCAUGUAAAAAUCAGUGGGCUGACAAGAAAUUCUGUACCCGUACACGUUAUUGCAAUCUACCUACCUUCUGGAGGUAACUUUGUGAGAGAGCGCAGAAAGCGGAUACGUGAAAUACUUGCCAUCAACAAGCGUGUACUGACGCACACGCCGGGAGCCCCUAUAAUAAUACUUGGAGAUUGGAACAUGUCUGCCGCUCAGAUAGGACAGGAAAUCAAUCCUCCUAUCACUGGCCUACAAGUGCUCCAAACCCGUGGAUCCCCCCUCUCUCGAUUCCCUGUCAAUGGGGCGCCUAAGUCGCUAGACCAUAUUGUAGUCAGUGCCUCUGGACGCAUACAUCUCAGAAGACCAAGGGUGCAUCGAGACUACCCCAUUAGUGACCAUCGUCCGGUCAUAGCGGAAUUCCGUGCAAUUGCACUGGAGGCUCCCUCAAAAAUAAACCGGAUGAGAUUCGACACUGAUGCAAUAAAGGGGAAAGGACGCUCUAUAGUAAAUCACAACAAAUGGAGCGCCCUGAGCGUCGAAGAGGCCUCCGAUGAGGAGGAACUCAACACUAGAACCAACGCUUUCAUAUCCACCAUGGACAAAGUUUGCAAGAAGCUGGAGGUAAAAAGAGCUUUGGGAUCCCAUAAGCCCCGCUUCCCCAGAAAGCUUGCUUCCAUGUACAAGCGCAGGAACACCCUUGCCAAAAAACUGGCCAAAAUGGCCACUGAAGGCAAGGUUACUGCGGAAGUACGUGAGAGCUAUCUUAAAGCGACCAAGACCUUUGAGAUGGCGCAUAAAAAAUGGGCUACUACAGAGGAACGUAAAGCGGUGAAACACACCCUUACUGACCUUCGAGCGGGCGACCUCAAAAAGGUGUGGACCCGUCUCAUGAGCUCCAUUGAACAUGAUCGUAAUGCGUCUGCCCUUCCCUUAGUGCGCAAUGCCAAAGGAGAGCUUUGUGUUACCCCCGAAGCCAUAUUGGAAGCUAUUGCAGAUCACUAUGAUGCUCUUGCAAAUGCUGACCCAGGUCCAUCACAAGAUGAAGACCACUGGGCCGAUGUGGAAGUGGGAGGGGAUCGUCAACCAGAACUCCAAGGAUUAAAUGAACCAUUAACCUGGAAACAAGUCUUGCUCUCCAUUCGUAACAUGGAGCGUAACACGAGCACUGGUGAUGAUGAAACCCAUGUUAAUGUUCUAAAAGAAAUGUUAAAGGAGGAAUGCAUGCAAAAAGUCCUCAUGGACAGCCCUGGAAUGAGAAGACCGGAGCUUAUUAACUUUGCUUUGGGAGAGAUAGAACUCCCUGAAGUUCCCUAUACAAAAAUGGGAAAAGCAUUCCUCCCCAUCCUGAAGUCCAUCUGGGCUCAGGGUGUUGUUCCAGAAGAAUGGAAAGAGGCUGAAGUCUGCAGCCUAUACAAAUCUGGAGAUCCUGAACUGAUGGCCAACUAUCGUGGUAUCAGCUUGAUCUCUGUAGGAUUCAAAGUCCUACUGGGCGUCAUGGCAAAUAGACUCUCUACCGGAUUGGAGAAGGCAAAAUUGUUUGUAAGAGAACAAGCCGGCUUCCGAGCGGGUGAAGAGGCCGUGGCCCAAUAUAUAGCGGUAGCGGAAAUGGUAAGGAGACGACACAUAGUGGGUAAAUCCACCUAUGCGAUCUUCAUUGACUUCAAGAAGGCAUUCGACAGAGUGCACCACGAAGCAUUGUACAAAAUCCUUGACCACAUGGGAGUGCGUGGACAAUUCUUGACGUUGAUAAAAGCAAUGUAUAGAACCUCACGAAUCCAUGUUUCUGCUGGAGGACACCGAACGCGUACCUUUGGAAUGGCCCGAGGGACUCGACAAGGCUGUCCUCUUUCCCCCAUCCUAUUCAUUAUCUUUGUUAAUAACCUCCUGAGAGAAACCACCUGCGGUGGUAUUACAGUCCCUGGACUGUCCGUCGCUAAUAAGUGCCCUGGAGGUAAAUAUGCUGAUGACGUGGUAGGACUCGAAGAAACUGAUGAGAAAGCACAACGCUUCUGCAACAAUGUUCGAGAAUGGGGAGUUAAAUGGGGAAUGGAGAUGGGGCUUGCUAAAUGUGGAGUAAUGCUGAUUACCGGCGAUGAAGAACUAGAUGAACGUCACCGACAGAAUGUUUACGACACUCCAGAGGGACCCCUCCCAAUAGUUGAUGAGUACAAAUAUCUGGGCAUCACCAUGCAAAAGAGUGUAGGUGAUAGCAGAGGAAAGGAUGGAAAUGAACUCGCCUUUGUUAAGCUUCAAGCGGCAAAGGGAGAAAAAGUACUCAAUGUUAUACGCCCCCUCCUGCGUGACCCUAAAUGGCCUAUGUCCAUUAAGGCGACCGUCAUCAGGACCAUCCUGAUGUCUAAGAUGCUGUACGGCUCAGAAUGGGUAGGUUACAAACUGGCCCAUGCUGUACCCAUCCAAAGGAUCGUUAACAAAGCUCUAAAGCUUGCUAUGGGAAGCUCUAGCAAAUCGAGACAGUAUGACUGCUACUCGUUAGGCUAUGAACUUGGUCUCCCUAGCAUCGCAGAAGAACAAAAUGCCCUCCGAGCCCGCUUGUCCGCUAAGCUACAAUACUCGGAUGGAAUAAAGACUUGGCUAAAAGAACUGUCCCAGCAUCCUUACCGUGCCGCAAAGAAAACCUGGAUUACAACUAACCAGAAGUAUGAAAAGGAACUCUUGCGAGGUCUCACCAAACAUGAUGGUGAGCCCUUACGCCCAUGGGUUGCACGAGGACGUGCCUAUGAGCUACAUACCAGGUGUAAUGACUACAGAAAUGAAGCGUUGGAUCAAUUGCGUAACACUCGCAAUGAGGUCGAUAACCGUGGAUUUGAAGUGGAAGAUGAACCUGCCGGAGUGACCCGAACUGUAGCCGGUUAUAGACCCACGCGCUAUGACUCCUCUCUAGAGAGACAGCUACAGCAGACUAUGCUCAUGGGAAUUCGCACAAAGACCCCUGAUGAGUGGCAACAUAUCUCUGAUAUGAAAGACUGUAUGCUAGAACGAAAUAUGACUGCUCAACGCUCCCCAGCCUGGCAGUUCUAUGAUAAGUUUGGCAUCGGUGCCACCAGAGGUUAUUUGCGAAAUGCGCUCAGCCGCCCCGACCUUAACAAAGGUGUCAACUGGCUAAUCCGGGUAAGGACAAGAUCCUUCCCCAGAGUCAAUGACCGUUGGCAGGUCCUUAGCAGGACUGGUGCCCCCCCCUUUGAACGUGAUCACUGUCCCCUAUGCGGAGACAAGGUGAUACAUGGAUGGGAGUGGGAACACCUAGUGAUGUCCUGUGAUCACAUUGAAGUGGGUAAGGCUCGAGCAAAGUAUCUGAAGAAAUCUAUUGAGCUGCUUAAGGACCAGCUACAGCUGGCCCCUUAUGUCCGGCCCGAUGAUGAGGACGAUUUCUUUCAGGACAGAGUACAGUAUGAGGACGAUAUUAGUCUCACACGUGCUAUUGGAAUCUAUAUUGUCGGUGGAGUACAUAUUAACAAUUUCGACGUGGAUUAUCAUAGGGGGUUCGGUCAAUUGGACGAACUUCCAGAAGGAUUGGAUUCAUUUGGGUAUACAUUCAUUGCAGAAUUCCUCGCAGAGGUAGCGCCAAUUUGGGUAGGAAGUUUGUUCCCGGAAGGGGACCCUUACUACUCUGUUCAAGACGAGUUUGCUUCCCUGUAUAGUCCAAAAGGGGACUCCCUUGGGGAGUUGACACCUCAGACUGUAUGGUCGAACGUCUCGGCUUUCCUCUCUCCCUAA